GUUUCCUUUGUUUACAUCAGUUCCUGCGAUAUGCGGUUAAAACGCUCUCGCUGACUAAGCUCGUUAACAUUUUCUGCUCGCGCUCCUCUCACCUUGAUGAAGUCGGAAGAAUGAUCGCAUCCCUGUCUAAAGGAAAUCUGCUUGACGUGUUGCAGGAGGGUCCCAAUGAGCAGCAACUGGCUGCCUAUGUGUCUUGGGUUAAUGCACAGCUGAGAAAGAAGCCUGAACUGAAACCUGUGAGUGAUCUACGACAGGAUCUCAGAGAUGGUGUGGUUUUAGCACACCUCAUUGAGAUAGUGGCUGGUGAGCUGCUGGAUGGCAUUCAUUAUGUGCCACAUGACGACCAGGAGAGGAAGCAGAAUGUGGAGAAGGUUCUGCAGUUUGUGUCAUCCAAACGGAUCAGAAUGCCUCAGACGUCUGCCAGGGACAUUGUGGAAGGGAACCUCAAAUCCGCCAUGAGGCUCAUCCUCGCUCUAGCUGCUCAUUUUAAACCCUCUGCAUCAGCCAGUCACAGAGCUGGAGCUGGCUUAGGCAGGAGUUCCACUGGCUCCUCGACCAAUCACAGGCCUCAUUCCACCAUGGCCAUGGCCCAGAAUGCAGCAGCAGCAUUGGCAGCAGCCAGGCAGGAUGCCUCUCGCCCUGGCCGCUCUGUUUUUCAUCUAAGGCAAGAAUGGAGUCGUUGCUGCAGUGGUGAGGAGGACGGUGAGAACUCCUGCUGGAGUGUCCGGGAAUUGGUUCAGCAGUACGAGGGGCAGAAAGAGACAUUUGAAGAGGAGACAGGAGCAAGAUCUACUGGCCUCAGUUCACCGAGCCCCACCCACACUCCCAAAGACUCUGUCAGCCUAUCAGACCUGAAGGCAGGACUAUUAGACACUUUGUCCAGGGAGAAAAUUAAGUCAGAGGACACAGUGAAAUUGGCCCUGUGUGACCAGGCCAUUGUCUCAGGGCAUGAUGGUCUAGCUGGUGGCUGCACCUGGGAGGACAAACUGUGUGAGCAGCAGGAGCAGCUGGAGAGGGAGAUGCAGGAGGCACGGAAUAUGGUGUCUAGCCUACAGGCCCUCCUUCUCCACGGUUCAUUACCUGAGGAUGAGCAGGAGGUGUUGCUCAGUCUGGGUGAGGGAGUUGAAAAUGCAGAGCAGCAACUGGUUGUAAUACGAAGUCGCCUGGACCAGAGCAUGGCGGAGAGUCAAGAACUAAAGAGGGAGCUGUUGAGGUUCAAACAGGAGGCUCGCAACCUGCAGGGAGUGAAAGAUGCUCUUCAGCAGCGAAUGGCUGUGCAGGAGUCCUCAGUCCUGCAGCUCAAACAGGAACUCCUGCGCACCAGUAUGGCCAAAGAUGAGCUGGCGGGACAAAGUGCCGAGCUACAGAGGAAGCUAGAGGAGAGGAACAGACUUCUUAGCGAAUAUAAGAAAGAACUAGGCCAAAAGGAUCGACUUCUGCAGCAGCAACAGCUGAAGCUGGAUAAAGUCCUGUACUUUACUGACCGUUCCCUCACGCCAUUCAUGAUCAACAUCCCCAAGAGGCUUGGGGAGGUCACCCUGCGAGACUUCAAGGCUGCUGUAGAUCGGGAAGGCAAUUAUCGGUACCAUUUUAAAGCGCUGGAUCCAGAGUUCGGCACUGUGAAGGAAGAGGUGUUCCAGGAUGAGGCAGUGGUGCCUGGCUGGGAAGGGAAGAUCGUAGCCUGGGUAGAAGAGGAUCAUGGGCAAAGAGGGACCUAACACAAGUCAGCAAGAAGAAAGAGAGACAUCUGUGCCAAAAUGAAAUAACAUUGAUUUGUAACUCAAGUGUACAGAGGAUGGAGCUUUAGUGCCCUAAAAAGUCCCACCCUCCUUUACUCUAUCCUGCAUGAGCUGAACAGCUGAAUGCACCUGAAAGGACUUGGAGGAUCAUCAUCAGGAGGAUCACCAGAAAUGAUAGAGUCCCAUCUUCUGU